CAGUUCGAUCUGAAAUAAAUUAAAAAGUUCGAAAUCAAAAAUAAAAAUAAAAGUCUAAAAUUCAAUUAUGAAGUUAACAAUAGCUAUUUGUUUGGCAAUUUUGGGAGUUUCAACCCUUAAUGAAGUUACUGCUGCUCCUACUCCUAAUACCGGGAUUGAAUUGAAUGAUAAACGUGACGAGUCACCUUCUUCAUAUUAUUAUGAUGAUAAGAAGAAGGAAGACAAAGAUGAUUAUUAUUACUACUACAAAAAUGAUAAAGACGACUACUACAAGAAAGAUGACCACAAAGACGAUUACCACAAGAAAGAUGACUACGAAGAUAAGGACAAGAAAUACUACAGACGUGAUGCCUUAGCUUCACCAGAUGAUACAUACAAUGACGAUUAUUAUAAGGAAGAUGACUACAAGAAUGAGUACUACUAUGAGAAAGAUGAUCACAAAGACGAUUACCACAAGAAAGAUGACUACAAAGACGAUUACCACAAGAAAGAUGACUACGAAGAUAAGGACAAGAAAUACUACAGACGUGAUGCCUUAGCUUCACCAGAUGAUACAUACAAUGACGAUUAUUACAAGGAAGAUGACUACAAGAAUGAGUACUACUACGAGAAAGAUGAUCACAAAGACGAUUACCACAAAAAAGAUGAUUACUACAAGAAA